AUGGAGACCCCACAGCGCCGCCAGCCAGAGGAGCUGCGCCGAAAGAUCUCAACGAGCUCGCUUCUUAGAAUCCCAACCACUGAUGAAGAAGCGCCCGUCUCAGUCCACUUCAGCACCGACGAUGGCUCAAAGUCCUACGUUACUACUCCACCUUGCGGCCGCGAAGGAUCCCAUUCGCCAACUCCGUCAAACCCUCCGCCUUCUCCUCGAGACGAGCUUCCCAAGGAUUUCGUUGCCCUUGAUGGCCUUUUGAACUAUCACCUUAGCCAACUGGAUCGUAUCAAGAGUGAGAUCAAAGAGCACAACACCACUCUUGAUCAGCUGGGCUAUACACUAGCCAAUAUGUCCACGCGCCCAGAGGUUCAGUAUGCUGCUAUGUACAUGAAUUGGCGUCUUCAGGGGGUUAGAAACGCGAGAAACCUCCUAGCAAAAUUCGUUGCCUUUCACCUGCAGGAGAUUGACCGCAUCUCUGCUUUAAAGCUAGAGAUGGGUGGGAAUGAUGUCCUUGAGAUUUGCCGAAACCUCCCUUCGUCGCGUGAAUGGAACGACAUGUUCUCUUAUUAA